AAAAAAAAAAGGUAGCAUGAGUCACCUUAUAUCUCGUUUACAUUUGAAGAAAAUUCAGACAAUUUCAGCAUCAUUUGGCGAAUUUUAUGGAUGUUUUUAAGAAUUCUCAAAUCAAAUCAGCCCACUCAAAAUCAAUAUAAUCCAGCAAAUUUCAGCACAAGGUCUUUUUUUACGAGUUUAAGGUAGGUAGAAGAAAACUCAGAGAGAUGGAUAGGGUGUUCUCAAUGGGUGAGAUCAUGGACCAGUUCUGGUCGCCGCAGCCGCCGUCGAUUCCGCAGGAUUUGGAAGAGAAUGAUGAGGAGGAGCACUCAUCAUCCUCCGCCACUGCUCCCUCGUCCUCAUCGAACGCGAUGAAGAUGAACCGGAACUCAUCAGAAUGGGCAUUUCAGCGCUUCCUACAGGAAGCCGCCGCACCUGAUCAUUCCCCGGCAACAUCGAUGCAUCCCCAAAACGCCGAUGUUGUGGAGAUCGAAGACGAUAGUCAGCAUCAGCAUCGGGAGAUGGCGGCGGCGGUGGCUGAGGGUUCUUUACAGCCUGCUAUUCCGGUGAAUUUUGAUGAUUACCAGGCCUUCCUUAAAAGCCAACUCGAGUUGGCUUGUGCAGCCGUCGCGUUUACCCGGGCAGCUAAUGUAAAGGAUCAAGAUUCAGCAGUUGGGACUACUGAUAACGGGACACAGGCCUCUAAUUCAUUGCAGCCGGGGUCUCAGGUUCCUCAGGAAGCUGGACCGGGUUUAUCAAAAGACCAAGAUAAGGACACUAGUGUACCAAUUGGUGUACCUUCCCUGCCUGCAAUGCCAAGAAAACCUGUGACACAGAUGAAGUCAAUAACAAGUGGAUCAUCUGGGGACCAGUCAGAUGAUGAUGAAGCUGAGGAAGACGCAGAAACAACUGAGAAUAUGGAUCCUACAGAUGCAAAACGCAUGAGGAGAAUGGUUUCAAAUAGAGAAUCUGCUAGACGCUCGAGAAGAAGAAAGCAAGCACAUUUGUCUGAGAUCGAAACACAGGUCUCUCAACUAAACGGGGAAAACUCUUCUUUACAAAAGCGCUUCUCUCACAUAAACCAUAAGUACAGUGAAGCAGCCGUUGAUAAUAGAGUUCUGAAAGCUGAUGUUGAGACACUGAGAGCAAAGGUGAAAAUGGCAGAAGAAACUGUUAAAAGGGUUACCGGAUUGAACCCGCUUUUCCAAGCAAUGUCUGAAUUAUCCACGAUGGGUUUGCCGUCUUUUGGUGUUAGUUCUGAUACAUUAGCAGAUGCUGGUGUACCAGUACAAGAUGUCCCAAACCAGCAUUAUUAUCAAGCUCCUAAUAAUCACAUAUCAACAAACGACCAUAUGAUGCAAAACAGUUUGGUAAAUAUUCCCCCGGUUGAUAACAUAAAUCAGAAUUCAGCAACAGAACAAGCCAGGGAGGACGAGGUGGGAAGAACAGUUUCUGUGCAGCAAGUGGCUAGCUUGGAACAUCUGGAGAAGCGAAUCCGUGGUGGGCCAGGACACCAGUAAGUUUAUGUUGAAGAUCUUGACAGAAAAGCCCUCACCAACUUCUAUUGGUGUAUAUACAGAAAUUCGUCAUGGAAAUGAUUUUAUCGUUGUAACGUUGACAAGCAAAGUUUUUUUUUUCCCUUUAUUUCUCGGUUCCAAAAUUUGAAUAACUCCUGAAUAAAUGUGAUGCAGUAUGAGAACAGCAGACUUUCUAA